AUGCAGACUUCAGCACACUUCAGGCUACACAGGUCUUUCUGUUGCCACACUGUCCUGCUGCUGCUUUGGCUGUGCCCUGACCUGCUUGCUGCCAGUCAUCAGCUGAAACCGUCCCUGCCACCACUUGUGGCAAGUAGCCCUUUUCUGGUGGUUUGGAAUGCACCGACGGCUCGAUGUUCAGCCGCCCACGGUGUGCCACUCUACUUGGACUCCUACAACAUCCUGGUGAAUUCUCAGGAAGCCUUUGCGGGGGGAAACAUCACCAUCUUCUACCAUAACCAGCUGGGCCUGUAUCCCUACUAUGUGAACUCAGUUGUGACACCCACUGCUGUCAACGGUGGCUGCCCUCAGAACGCCAGCCUGGAAAAACACCUGCAGAAGAUGCGAGUGGACAUUGCUAAGGCCAUGCCUUUCAACACUUUCUCAGACCUCUCUGUGAUCGACUGGGAGGACUGGAGGCCCCAGUGGAUACGAAACUGGGGCAGUAAGAAGGUCUACCGGAAUAUGUCUUUCCAGCUUGAUAAGCAAAGGUACCCGGGCCUGUCUGAGGGAGAAAUACAAAAGAAGGCCAAGUUGGAAUUUGAGACAGCUGCAAAAGAGUUCAUGUCCGAGACUCUCCACCUAGCAGAGUCUUUGCGCCCCAAUGGAUUGUGGGGCUAUUACCUCUUUCCAGAGUGCUAUAACUAUGACUACCUGAAAGACUUUAAUAACUUCACUGGGAACUGCCCUUCACUGGAGAAGCAGCGUAACAACAAUCUGAAGUGGCUUUGGGAGCGGACCAGAGCUCUCUUCCCUUCAAUUUACAUGGAGGAAGUGUUAAGAAGCUCCGUUCAAGGGAAGAAGUUUGUGCAGGGCAAAGUGGGUGAAGCUCUGCGGGUGGCUGUGCUGAAUUCCCACAACUACUCCGUCCCCAUCUUUGCAUAUGCCCGGCCAUUCUACACCUACACAAUGAAGGAGCUAACUCAAACGGAUUUGGCGUACACAAUAGGGCAGGCUGCCGCCAUGGGAGUCCACGGAGUUGUACUCUGGGGAGGCGCUGAUUAUUCUCGUGACCGGGCUACUUGCUCGAAGUUGCAAGACUACCUGAGGAGCACCUUAGGCCCAUACAUAGUCAAUGUGACCCUGGCAACCAAACUUUGCAGCCAGCUGUUCUGCAAUAACAAUGGCCGCUGCAUUCGCAGAAGGAUGGUCUCUGAUACCUACCUGCACCUCAAUCCCCAGUCCUUCCAGAUCCGAGCAGACACAGGUGGCAAUCAGAUCCGGGUGUCAGUGACGGGGAUCUUAACGGAUCAGCAGAAGUACAAGAUGGGGCAAGAGUUCACCUGCCACUGCUACCAAGGCUGGGAGGGUGACGACUGCCAUCCCCAUCCUCAGGGGAGGGGCUUAAGUUUACAGACAGGGCCCUGGUGCAUCACUGGGGCAGUUCUAUUGGCACUGUCAGUAUGGCUUUUGUGA